CGCGCGCGCGGGCGGGAGCGGAGGGCAACGGGGCGGCGCGGGCGGCCGGGCGCAGGGUCGCGGGAGGUGACGCGCGGCGAGGAUGGCGGCGCGGGGCCGGGGGCUGCUGCUGCUGACGCUGUCGGUGCUGUUGGCGGCGGGCCCCUCCGCCGCUGCGGCCAAGCUCAACAUCCCCAAAGUGCUGCUGCCUUUCACGCGGGCCACGCGCGUUAACUUCACGCUGGAGGCCUCGGAGGGCUGCUACCGCUGGUUGUCCACCCGGCCGGAGGUGGCCAGCAUCGAGCCGCUGGGCCUGGACGAGCAGCAGUGCUCCCAGAAGGCAGUGGUGCAGGCCCGCCUGACCCAGCCUGCCCGCCUCACCAGCAUCAUCUUCGCAGAGGACAUCACCACAGGCCAGGUCCUGCGCUGUGAUGCCAUUGUGGACCUCAUCCAUGACAUCCAGAUCGUCUCCACCACCCGCGAGCUCUACCUGGAGGACUCACCCCUGGAGCUGAAGAUCCAGGCCCUGGACUCCGAAGGGAACACCUUCAGCACUCUGGCUGGACUGGUCUUCGAGUGGACGAUUGUGAAGGACUCUGAGGCGGACAGGUUCUCAGACUCCCACAAUGCGCUGCGAAUCCUCACUUUCUUGGAGUCUACGUACAUCCCUCCUUCUUACAUCUCAGAGAUGGAGAAGGCUGCCAAGCAAGGGGACACCAUCCUGGUGUCUGGGAUGAAGACCGGGAGCUCCAAGCUCAAGGCUCGCAUCCAGGAGGCUGUCUACAAGAAUGUACGCCCUGCAGAAGUCAGGCUGCUGAUUUUGGAAAACAUCCUUCUGAACCCGGCCUAUGACGUCUACCUGAUGGUGGGAACCUCCAUUCACUACAAGGUGCAGAAGAUCAGGCAAGGGAAAAUUACAGAACUCUCCAUGCCUUCCGAUCAGUAUGAGUUGCAGCUUCAGAACAGCAUCCCGGGCCCCGAAGGAGACCCAGCCCGGCCGGUGGCUGUCUUGGCCCAGGACACGUCGAUGGUCACUGCACUGCAGCUGGGACAGAGCAGCCUCGUCCUUGGCCACAGGAGUAUUCGCAUGCAAGGUGCUUCUAGGUUACCCAACAGCACUAUCUACGUGGUCGAACCUGGAUACCUAGGGUUCACCGUUCACCCUGGUGACAGGUGGGUGCUGGAGACCGGCCGCCUGUAUGAAAUCACCAUCGAAGUUUUUGACAAGUUCAGCAACAAGGUCUAUGUAUCUGACAACAUCCGAAUUGAAACUGUGCUUCCUGCUGAGUUCUUCGAGGUGCUCUCGUCCUCCCAGAAUGGGUCAUACCAUCGCAUCAGGGCACUAAAGAGGGGACAGACGGCCAUUGACGCGGCCCUCACCUCUGUGGUGGACCAGGAUGGAGGGGUCCACAUACUACAGGUGCCUGUGUGGAACCAGCAGGAGGUGGAAAUUCACAUCCCGAUCACCCUGUAUCCCAGCAUCUUGACAUUUCCGUGGCAACCAAAGACGGGUGCCUAUCAGUACACAAUAAAGGCCCACGGUGGCAGUGGGAACUUCAGCUGGUCUUCGUCAAGCUACCUGGUUGCCACAGUUACUGUCAAGGGCGUGAUGACCACAGGCAGUGACAUCGGGUUCAGUGUGAUCCAGGCACAUGAUGUGCAGAACCCACUCCAUUUCGGUGAGAUGAAGGUGUAUGUGAUCGAGCCCCACAGCAUGGAGUUUGCCCCGUGCCAGGUGGAGGCACGUGUGGGCCAGGCCCUGGAGCUGCCCCUGAGGAUCAGUGGCCUCAUGCCCGGCGGGGCCAGCGAGGUGGUCACCUUGAGCGACUGCUCCCACUUUGACUUGGCUGUCGAGGUGGAGAACCAGGGUGUGUUCCAGCCACUCCCAGGGAGGCUGCCGCCAGGCUCUGAGCACUGCAGCGGCGUCCGGGUAAAGGCCGAGGCCCAGGGCUCUACCACACUUCUUGUGAGCUACAGACACGGCCACGUCCACCUGAGUGCCAAGAUCACCAUUGCUGCCUACCUGCCCCUCAAGGCUGUGGAUCCCUCCUCUGUUGCCUUGGUAACCCUGGGCUCCUCAAAGGAGAUGCUGUUUGAAGGAGGUCCCAGACCUUGGAUCCUCGAGCCGUCCAAAUUCUUCCAGAACGUCACCGCUGAGGACACUGACAGCAUCAGCCUGACUCUCUUUGCCCCCCAUUCCUCCCGGAAUUAUCAGCAACACUGGAUCCUUGUGACCUGUCAGGCCUUGGGUGAGCAGGUCAUCGCCCUGUCGGUGGGGAACAAGCCCAGCCUCACCAACCCCUUUCCUGCGGUGGAGCCUGCCGUGGUGAAGUUCGUCUGCGCCCCACCGUCCAGGCUCACCCUCGCGCCUGUCUACACCAGCCCCCAGCUGGAUGUGUCCUGUCCGCUGCUGCAGCAGAACAAGCAGGUGGUCCCAGUGUCCAGCCACCGCAACCCCCUGCUGGACCUGGCUGCUUACGACCAGGAGGGCCGCCGGUUCGACAACUUCAGCUCUCUGAGCAUCCAGUGGGAGUCCACCCGGCCAGUGUUGGCCAGCAUCGAGCCUGAGCUGCCCAUGCAGCUGGUGUCCCAGGACGAUGAGAGUGGCCAAAAGAAGCUGCACGGUUUGCAGGCCAUUUUGGUUCACGAGGCAUCAGGAACCACAGCCAUCACUGCCACUGCCACUGGCUACCAGGAGUCCCACCUCAGCUCUGCCAGAACAAAGCAGCCGCAUGACCCUCUGGUGCCUCUGUCGGCCUCCAUAGAGCUCAUCCUGGUGGAGGACGUGAGGGUGAGCCCAGAAGAGGUGACCAUCUACAACCACCCUGGCAUCCAGGCAGAGCUCCACAUCAGGGAAGGCUCAGGUUACUUCUUCCUCAACACCAGCACCGCAGAUGUUGUCAAGGUGGCCUACCAGGAGGCCAGGGGUGUCGCCAUGGUGCACCCUUUGCUCCCGGGCUCAUCCACCAUCAUGAUCCAUGACUUGUGCCUCGUCUUCCCGGCCCCAGCCAAGGCUGUGGUUUACGUGUCGGACAUUCAGGAGCUGUACAUCCGUGUGGUUGACAAGGUGGAGAUUGGGAAGACAGUGAAGGCAUACGUCCGCGUGCUGGACUUGCACAAGAAGCCCUUCCUGGCCCAAUACUUCCCCUUCAUGGACCUGAAGCUCCGAGCAGCCUCCCCGAUCAUUACACUGGUGGCCCUUGAUGAAGCCCUUGACAACUACACCAUCACAUUCCUCAUCCGCGGUGUGGCCAUCGGCCAGACCAGUCUAACUGCAAGUGUGACCAAUAAAGCCGGACAGAGAAUCAACUCAGCCCCACAACAGAUUGAAGUCUUUCCCCCGUUCAGGCUGAUGCCCAGGAAGGUGACACUGCUUAUCGGGGCCACGAUGCAGGUCACCUCCGAGGGCGGCCCCCAGCCUCAGUCCAACAUCCUUUUCUCCAUCAGCAAUGAGAGCGUUGCGCUGGUGAGCGCUGCUGGGCUGGUACAGGGCCUCGCCGUCGGGAACGGCACUGUGUCUGGGCUCGUGCAGGCAGUGGAUGCAGAGACCGGCAAGGUGGUCAUCAUCUCUCAGGACCUCGUGCAGGUGGAGGUGCUGCUGCUACGGGCCGUGAGGAUCCGCGCCCCCAUCAUGCGGAUGAGGACGGGCACCCAGAUGCCCAUCUAUGUCACCGGCAUCACCAACCACCAGAACCCUUUCUCCUUUGGCAAUGCCGUGCCAGGCCUGACCUUCCACUGGUCUGUCACCAAGCGGGACGUCCUGGACCUCCGAGGCCGGCACCACGAGGCGUCGAUCCGACUCCCGUCACAGUACAACUUUGCCAUGAACGUGCUCGGCCGGGUGAAAGGCCGGACCGGGCUGAGGGUGGUGGUCAAGGCUGUGGACCCCACAUCGGGGCAGCUGUAUGGCCUGGCCAGAGAACUCUCGGAUGAGAUCCAAGUCCAGGUGUUUGAGAAGCUGCAGCUGCUCAACCCUGAAAUAGAAGCAGAACAAAUAUUAAUGUCGCCCAACUCAUAUAUAAAGCUGCAGACAAACAGGGAUGGUGCAGCCUUUCUGAGCUACCGCGUCCUGGAUGGACCCGAAAAGGUUCCAGUUGUGCAUGUUGAUGAGAAAGGCUUUCUAGCAUCAGGGUCUAUGAUCGGGACAUCCACCAUCGAAGUGAUUGCACAAGAGCCCUUUGGGGCCAACCAAACCAUCAUUGUUGCUGUAAAGGUAUCCCCUGUUUCCUACCUGAGGGUUUCCAUGAGCCCUGUCCUGCACACCCAGAACAAGGAGGCCCUGGUGGCCGUGCCUUUGGGAAUGACCGUGACCUUCACUGUCCACUUCCACGACAACUCUGGAGAUGUCUUCCAUGCUCACAAUUCGGUCCUCAACUUUGCCACUAACAGAGACGACUUUGUGCAGAUCGGGAAGGGCCCCACCAACAACACCUGCGUUGUCCGCACAGUCAGCAUGGGCCUGACACUGCUCCGUGUGUGGGACGCAGAGCACCCGGGCCUCUCGGACUUCGUACCCCUGCCUGUCCUACAGGCCAUCUCCCCAGAGCUGUCCGGGGCCAUGGUGGUGGGGGACGUGCUCUGUCUGGCCACUGUUCUGACCAGCCUGGAAGGCCUCUCAGGAACCUGGAGCUCCUCGGCCAACAGCAUCCUCCACAUCGACCCCAAGACGGGUGUGGCUGUGGCCCGGGCCGUGGGAUCCGUGACGGUUUACUAUGAGGUCGCUGGGCACCUGAGGACCUACAAGGAGGUCGUGGUCGGCGUCCCUCAGAGGAUCAUGGCCCGUCACCUCCACCCCAUCCAGACCAGCUUCCAGGAGGCUACAGCCUCCAAAGUGAUUGUUGCCGUGGGAGACAGAAGCUCUAACCUGAGAGGCGAGUGUACCGCCACCCAGAGGGAAGUCAUCCAGGCCUUACACCCAGAGACCCUCAUCAGCUGCCAGUCCCAGUUCAAGCCGGCCGUCUUUGAUUUCCCAUCUCAAGAUGUGUUCACCGUGGAGCCACAGUUUGACACUGCUCUGGGCCAGUACUUCUGCUCAAUCACAAUGCACAGGCUGACGGACAAGCAGCGGAAGCACCUGAGCAUGAAGAAGACAGCUCUGGUGAUCAGUGCCUCCCUCUCCAGCAGCCACUUCUCCACAGAGCAGGUGGGGGCCGAGGUGCCCUUCAGCCCAGGUCUCUUCACCGACCAGGCUGAAAUCCUUUUGAGCAAUCACUACACCAGCUGCGAGGUCAGGGUCUUUGGUGCCCCAGAGGUUCUGGAGAACUUGGAGGUGAAAUCCGGGUCCCCGGCCGUGCUGGCAUUCGCAAAGGAGAAGUCUCUUGGGUGGCCCAGCUUCAUCACAUACACGGUUGGCGUCUCGGACCCCACGGCCGGCAGCCAAGGGCCUCUGUCCACUACCCUGACCUUCUCCAGCCCCGUGACCAACCAAGCCAUUGCCAUCCCAGUGACAGUGGCUUUUGUGAUGGAUCGCCGUGGGCCCGGUCCUUAUGGAACCAGCCUCUUCCAGCACUUCCUGGAUUCCUACCAGGUGAUGUUCUUCACGCUCUUUGCCCUGUUGGCUGGGACGGCGGUCAUGAUCAUAGCCUACCACACUGUCUGCACGCCCCGGGAUCUUGCUGUGCCUGCAGCCCUCACACCUGGAGCCAGCCCUGGACACAGCCCCCACUAUUUCGCUGCCUCAUCACCCACAUCUCCCAAUGCACUGCCUCCUGCUCGCAAAGCCAGCCCUCCCUCAGGGCUGUGGAGCCCAGCCUAUGCCUCCCACUAGGCCGCGUGAAGGUUCCCGGAGGAUGGGUCUCAGCUGAGCCUCGUGCGCCCCCAAGAUGGAACAUCCCUGCUGCGUUCACACUGGAACAAGCCCCUCCAGACAAGUGCCCCGGCCCCAGGCCAGCUUCACUGCCGUCUCUUCACACAGAGCUGUAGUUUCAGCUCUGCCCAUUAGCUCAUUUUAUGUAGGAGUUUUAAAUGUGUGUUUUUUUCCUUUCAAGUCUUACAAAGCUAAGACUUUUUGGCUCAUUCCUUUUUGCAUGGUUGUCUAGGGUUUCUGGACAAUGUGCUGUUGCAUUUUUAUUUUCCUAGCCUUGCUAAAAUCUCUCCCUUCUCAAGACUUUGAGCAGUUAGAAGUGCUCUUUAGAAGUUGUCUGUGGGUGAUCUUACUGUAGUGGUCUCAGGGAAAGGAUUGUCCAGUUACUUUAGGGGGUUUUUGGUGGGGUUUUUCCCCCUGUGAAAACUUACUUUUCCCCUAGUCUGGCUGCUGCUAGGACUUCUGAGGAGCAAUGGGACAUGAGUGUCCCUGUAUCUGCCCCACUGCUGCAAGGGAAGCCUCAGGAACCAGCACCUGGAGGCCAGGAUAGCCAAGCCCUGGGUGAGCGAGAGGCUGGAGAACACAGGAGCUCACCCAGGGCUGCUGCCCAACCAUGGGCCACUGUGAACAGACUUCAGUCCUCUGUUUUUGUUUCAUAAGCUGUUGAGACAUCUGAUGGACUUGGCUUAGGCCCUGCUGGGACAUCCCACGUGUGAUCCCUUUCACUCCAUCAGGACACCAGGACUGUCCUUAGGAAAAUGUCCUUGAGAUGGCAGCAGGAGUCAUAUUUUCUGUGUGUGUGUUUCGGAAAGCCGCUGUGUCCUGCCUCAGCACAAAGACCCAGUGUCAUUUGCUCCUCCUGUUCCUGUGCCACUCCAGAACCUCAGCAGAUCUGAGCCACCGCCUGCCAGUGUGAGAGGCGGCCACUUUCAUGGCAGCUCAUCAGGCGCAGGGCCCCAGACAGCUUCCCAGCAGGCCCUAGAGCCUGGCCUGGGCCAAUGAUGGAGGGCGGCCACCAGCCCAGGGCCUGCCCAUCCAGAAGGGACUCCCCAGGGCCUGGGGGAGGAGACCCUUGGAAAAGUCCUCUCUUCCCAGCUCCUGAUUUUGGAUCUGAGAUUCUCAGAUCACAGGCCCCUGUGCUUCAGGCCGAGGCUGGGCCACCCUCAGGGAGAUCCAGAGACUCAUGCCCAUGGCCAUCCAUGCGUGGACGCUGUGUGGAGAGUCCAGGAUGACGGGAUCCCGCACAAGCUCCCUUCAGUCCUUCAGGGCUGGGCCAUGUGGUUGAUUUUUCUAAAGCUGGAGAAAGGAAGAAUUGUGCCUUGCAUAUUACUUGAGCUUAAACUGACAACCUGGAUGUAAAUAGGAGCCUUUCUACUUGGUUUAUUUAAUAAAGUUCUAAGUGAUUUUUUAA